CGCGCCCACUCUGCCCUGGGCCCGGGGCUCCAGCAGCCGCCCGCCGGGAGCGACGGACCAGAGCACCAUGCCCCGAGCACCCAUGUUCCCCACCUGGAAGCUGCCGGUGUUCCUGCUGGCCCUUGACGACCCGCUGCCCACCAUGGCCGCCCCGGGCGACCUGCUCAACCUCACCACGCAGGUCCCGGCGCCGGCCCUCAACGGGACGCCGGGCCCGGACGGCGAGUGCCCGGUGCCGGCGUGGCUGAGUGGCUUCAACACCAUGCAGGCGCCCUUCCUGUGGGUGCUGUUCGUGCUGGCCGCGCUGGAGAACGUGGUGGUGCUGGGCGUGUUCGGGCUGCACCCGAGCCGCUGCACGGUGGCCGAGGUGUACCUGGGCAGCCUGGCGGCGGCCGACCUGCUGCUGGCCUGCGGGCUGCCCUUCUGGGCCGUCACCAUCGCCCGCCACUUCGACUGGCUGUUCGGGGAGGCGCUGUGCCGCCUGGUGGGCGCCGUGGUCUCCAUGAACCUCUACAGCAGCAUCUACUUCCUGAUGCUGGUGAGCGUCGACCGCUACCUGGCGCUGGCCAAGACGCUGUCCCUGGGCCGCCUGCGGCGCGUGCGCGGCGCGCGGCGGCACAGCCUGGCCGUGUGGGGCUGCGCGCUGCUGCUCAGCGCGCCCACGCUGGCCUUCCGCACCCUGGAGCGCUACGCCGAGGAGGGCCACAACGUCACGGCCUGCGUCAUCCGCUACCCCGGGCCCCCCGCGGCCUGGCCGGUGCUCACCAACGUGCUGCUCAACACGGUGGGCUUCCUGCUGCCGCUGGCCGUCAUCGGCUUCUGCACGCUGCAGGUGCUCCGGGCGCUGCGCCACAACGACCUGCAGCGCUUCCAGGCGGCGCGGGCGGAGCGCAGGGCCACCUGGCUGGUGCUGGCCGUGCUGCUGCUCUUCGUGCUCUGCUGGCUGCCCUUCCAGGUCAGCACCUUCCUGGACACGCUGCUGCGCCUGCGCGUGCUGGCCGGCUGCCGCGCCGAGCUGCUGGUGGACGUGCUCACGCAGGUGUCCUCCUUCCUGGCCUACAGCAACAGCUGCCUCAACCCGCUGCUCUACGUGCUCGUGGGCCGGCGCUUCCGCCAGAAGCUGGGCGAGGUGGUGUGCGGGCGCUGCCGGCGCGCCCGGCCCGGCGCCCUCGACAGCUCCCUGGGCACGCUGCGGACCUCCAUCUCCGUGGACCACCACGUCCACAAGCUGCCCGAGUUGGGGAGGAGCAGCCACUGAGCCGGCGCCGCUGACCGCACGCGGGGAAG